CGGUAAAGCCAUCGGUCAUGCUCAAACUUAUUACAGUGAUGGGAUAAAUAAAACUGGAAUAUUAUGUUCUAAAUGUCAUCAAGAACAGUUAAAAGAACAAGCCGAAGAAAGGAAAAAAGAUCAAGAAUGA